UUACUACAGAAAGGAUUACCAGCCAAAGGUAUCCUUUUGCUUGAUAACGCCCCUUGCCAUCCUCCAGAAGAUGAACUUAAAACUGCUGAGGGAUCCAUAUUCGUGAUUUAUAUGCCUCCAAAUGUAACGCCUUCAAUUCAGCCUAUGGAUCAAAAUGUAAUUCGCUUAACUAAGCUGUAUUAUAAAAAGCAUCUCCUGCUUUUAGCUGUAGGAAAGGAUGACAUCACACAAUUUCUAAAACAUUUAACUUUAAAGGAUGCUGUAUCAUUUUUAAUGCUUGCUUGGAAUCAGCUGCAGGCAAAUGUAAUAGUAAAAUGUUGGAAGCCUUUAUUAGAAUGCUUAAAUACUACAGAAGCAAAUGAAAGCGAGGAUGAAUACGAUGAUAUUCCUUUGAGCUUACUUCGUCAAAAAAUAUUGCAGGAAAACUGGAAAGAAGUUCAUGAUAUACAGGGUCUGCUGCAAGUUGUAUUACCGGAGGAAAUCUACACUGAACAAGAUAUUGAGAAGUGGAAUUCAAUCCAAGUUGACGAAGAAAUUGAUUUAGAUAAUUAUGCCAUGGAUACUGAAGAAUCUGGUGAUGACAGCCAAGGCGAAGGACAGAUCGGAAAUUCAAUAAAAGCUACUGAAGCCAUUAAAAGCUUCGAUAUAGCUAUCGCAUGGGCUGAAGCUAACACCACUGACUAUGCUGGCAUACUAGUACUGAAAAGUCUACGCGAAAAAGCGGUCCAAAAGUCAAUUUCCGAAAUCAAAAAGCAAACAUCUAUUCGUAAAUUCUUUCAAUAAUAUGUAUGUAUUUUUCAAAAAAUUACUUUAUACAUAUAACCUGUUUUGUUUACAUAAACAAACAUGAAUUUAAAGCUAAUAAACCAAGUUAAAAAAAAAUGUUAACCUUAAUAUAGUGAACAACCUCGAUACUGCGAACAGGCCUUGCAGAAAUUAGUUCACUAUAUCCAGACUCCACUGUAC